GAUGAAAAAGCCAUCAUUGACAUCUUGGCUUUCCGAUCAAAUGAGCAAAGACAGCAAAUUAAAGUUAUGUUUAAAACCUGUUUUGGUAGAGAUCUCAUUCAUGAUUUGAAGAGUGAACUGGGAGGCAAGUUUGAAGAUGUAAUAUUAGCUUUGAUGAUGAAACCAGAUGAAUUUGAUGCUUAUGAGCUGAAGAGAGCAAUGAAGGGACUAGGAACAGAUGAGGAUGCUAUGAUAGAAAUCUUAUGUACGAGGAGUAAUAAGGAAAUCCAGGCUAUUGUAUCUGCCUACAAGACGUUAUAUAAAAGUGCUCUGGAGAAGGACAUACAGGGAGACACAUCUGGGCACUUUAAAAGACUGAUGAUCUCCAUGUCAGCAGGAGGACGACAGGAAGGUCAGGCUGUUGAUAUGAACAAAGCACAACAAGAUGCACAGAGACUGCACCAAGCAGGAGAGAAAAGAUGGGGUACAGAUGAAUCUGCAUUUAACAUGAUCAUGGCGUCCCAGAGCUAUGAGCAGCUGAAGGCUGUGUUUGAGGCUUACCAGAGGCUCAGUGGAAAGGACAUUGAAAAGUCGAUCAAGAGUGAAAUGUCUGGAAACCUUGAGCUGGGCAUGCUUGCCAUUGUAAAGUGUGUGAAGAACAGGUCCGGGUAUUUUGCGGAGAAGCUUUACAAGAGCAUGAAGGGCGCUGGAACUGACGAUCGUGGCCUGAUUCGUGUUGUUGUCACCAGGUGUGAAGUUGAUAUGGUACAGAUCAAACAACAAUUCCAGGCAAUGUAUGGACAGUCACUGGAAUCUUUUAUCAAGGGAGACACUUCGGGUGACUACAAGAAAGUUCUGCUGGCUCUGGUGAGUCAGGGAGGUUACUAACUGUGACCACACACUGACCAAAUCAGGGCAAUCUGGCUGUACACUACACAGAGGUUUCAGAGCAACUCUAAGUUUGGAACAUGUGUCGUGUGUUGUGUCCCCAAUAUAUCAUAUACACUUUAACUCUUUUCUUACACAUUUUUUCACAUACAUAAUGUCGUCCACAAGGAAUGAAACAGAAAAAAAUGAGGACACAUGUGUUUAUGUAUAUUUAUACAAUGUUGAUGAAGUAAAGGACACAAGUAUGUGUAUAAAACAGUACAGACAUGGGAUUGUCCAGUCUUAUUAAAACAUGUACUGUUAAAUAUCAUCCAUUCUUUCUUAAUGGUGGCUAACUAUUACAACUACACAAAGUGAUAUCUAUUUAGGAACUUGUAAUGUCACUGAGGUCUUCAAGAACAUUUCUUUGUACCAGUUUCCUGGUUUAGGGUACCGAAGUAAACAUUAUACACAAUUAACAGGGAAGGAUGGAGACAACUCUGAUGCUGACUUUCCUAUGGUUAGAUAACAAGUAAAGUUUAAGUGGUCUGAAAAGUGUCUAAAAUGACGAUCGUUAAGCUAGUCAUGAUAAUGUUUACAGUGAUAUUUGGUACCAUUGAUCAAUAAUUGAUUCCCUGUUGUACUUUACAAUUUUGUUUUAUGUGUUGUACACUUGCAGACAAUUUGUCUGACAUUGGUCAUUGUUUUAGAGAAGAAUGUUUUAAAAUCUUGUUUAUACUAAAAUCACUUUCAGAUUUCAAUUUAUAUUUCUACAGUUUGAAGUUGAUGGUGCAUAGUUUGUGAAACAUGUAUCAAGCUUUGUUAAAAGUAGCUAGAGAUUGACACAGAUCAAGUUUAAGUUAUGUCAAGGUUUUAUGCAACUGAAUCCAAAGAAAAAAUGAAUUAUAAAAAAAACUGUGUUCAUGAUGACAUGUAAAUAAGCUGCCAUGAAAUAUAACCAGCUUCAGUUUGAUGUCUACUGUGCCUUCAGAGUAACCUACAUGUUAUUUGUGGUUCAGAUAGUUUUUAAAUUAUCACUAGACAAAGUUUGCUAUCAGUUACAUUCACGCUUAUUCUUCAAAAGGCAACCAUAUAGUAAAUGUUAUAAUAUCCUGUCUAGAACAUCGUCUCUGAUAGGAACUGGUUGUCCUGAUCUGAUGUUUACAACAAAUUUAUAGCAAAUAUGAACUGCUUGGAGGUGGAAGCUUCAGAUGAAGGAUGUUUGAUGGUGAAAUAUUUUAUCUCAAAGAGUAUACUUCUGUAAUAUCAAAUAAGCAUAAUUUAUGGUGUUAAUUGAGAGUUCCGUGAAAGAAUGUACAAGUUACCUAUAUUACCAGGUCCUUUUGAAAGUGCUAACUCGUAUGUUGUUAGAUAUAUCUGUAUACAUUUGAUAGUUACGUAUCUAAUCAGUUUCACCUUGUAAUGUCAGUUUCCCAAUGUAGUUUUCCCAGCAGUGUAAUGUUAGUUAUAAGUGUUUAUUUGUGUUUUGUUUGUAAUUGUUCUACAUUUUUCUAGCAUCAAUUAAACUAAACAUAGUGUUAAUUAAAGACCUUCUCCUUUGUUGAUUUAUGUCUCAGGGAGAAAAAAACACAUACUUGGGUAAAUAAAGAAACUCUUUUUGCUGUCAUGAUUUUUCAGAAUGUGUUUUUUACAUGUUUUUAAAAACUCGUAAUUAAAAAAAUUGAAAGUGCUGCAAUAUAUAAAUAAUUUGUACACAUGAAUGUUUCGCUUUACUGAAAAUUUAAAAAGUUGAAAUGUAUCCAAUUGUCCAAGGUUGAAUUUCCUGCAUUAUUCUUUUGAAAUAAACAAAAGAUCUGAA